AUGCGCAUUUCGUGGAUCAUCACUUUACCUGGACUUUUGUCCAUUGUGUCGGCGCUGGCAAUUCAAAAACGAGAUGCCGACUUUUACAGUGUGCGCACGCAGUUACACAAGGACAUGAGCGGAAGGAGAGGUGAUCCAAGCGAGAAAUAUUUUCAUGAGAGUGUCUUCCAUCCGCAUUACGAUGGCCGAUUUGCCGACAAGCAAUUGGGCUAUAGAGAACGCAGACAAGCACUUUCGAAUCUCAUUCAAACCUACCUAGCUACUUUCUCAGAUAUUGGAGUGGAAACAUGGCUCAUGCAUGGUACUUUACUCGGCUGGUGGUGGAAUCGCAAGAUUCUACCAUGGGAUUCCGACUCCGAUGUCCAAGUUUCCGAAUCUUCGAUGCACUUUCUCGCCUCUUACUACAAUAUGACUGUCUUCCACUACAAAACCCCGCGCAUUCCAGAAGGCCGAGAUUAUAUGCUAGAGGUCAACCCUCAUUAUAUUAACAGGGAGCAAUCGGACAAAUUGAAUGUCAUUGAUGCACGAUGGGUCGAUACUACGAGUGGCUUAUUCAUUGAUAUCACAACCGCCAGAUAUAAUUAUACUCAUCCUGCCGGAGAGGGAAUGAUGAGCUGCAAGGAUGGUCAUGAAUAUAGGGAUACAUACAUCUUUCCAUUGCGAGACACCUUCUUCGAGGGAGCUCCAGCCAAGAUUCCUUUCGCCUACAAAGAAAUUUUGGAGGCAGAAUAUCAUGAGAAAUCAUUGACCUUGACUGAAUUUGAAGGCCACCACUUCGACGAUGAUAAGAUGGAAUGGAUUCCCGUGAUGCAAGAUACUCAAGUACCAAUGGAACCACAAAAGGAAGCUCAGCCACCACCAAAGACGGAUGCACAAAAGGCGGAGGAGGCGAAGCAAGCCGCUGAAAAUGCGAAGAAACUGGAAGAGGCCAAGAAGUUGGAGGAAGCCAAGAAGUUAGCAGAAGCACAAAAAGCUACAGAGGAAGCUAAGGAAAAAGCGAAGCAAAAAGCCGCACAGGAAGCUCAACAAGAUGAUACAUCACCCGUAAGCAAACAACCAAUCAAAGAAGAACAGCCAAAAUCACAAUCCCAUGAUGCAUCCGAACGUCCGCCAGCUCAGCGAGCCGCAGAGAAUAAGAUAUUUACUGCAGCCGAGAAAAAGGCCAAUCAAGUACAAAAAGCUGAAGACAAACGUAAACAGGACGAACAAAAAGCCGCCGAUGCGAGACAGAAAAAUGAGGAAAAGAUGAAGGGAGAAGUUAAGAAAACUGAAGGUUCCACGUCGGUCUCCUAA